AGAGGCUCGCAGGGAACUGGAGGAGAGGGUCUGUUAACAGAGAAUCCUCAGAGCAGCAGCGGCUACGGCUCUCUGUCAGAAGCGCAACAUGCCCGCUUUAGCAGCAGCUUCCAUCAGAAGCGCCUCCCCUGAUCUCCCGGUGGAUUUACGCCUAUCCAGAACCUUGGCACAUCAGAAAUGGACUGGGGUGUAGGUCGUCAGCAGUGUUGGCAAACUUAUUCUGUACAGUAAAUGUGUUUUUUAGAAGAACGUGUUACUGUGGAACGGACCACAAGCAGCAUACCGGGCUCUGCUGACCCCCAGAACUAUUGCUGGGAGACUACAACCUGUUUCGUUUCAUUAAAAGGGAUCACUUUUAAAUAAUUCCUGUAGUAACUCGGUCUAUAGCUGCCGAUCAUGAGUGGUUUCGGUCCUCCUUUGGCUCGGAUCGCAAUGAAUAUGGUCGUGAAGAGGACACAGUAGAGCGCGGAUCGAAUCAUUCCGGUUCGGACGUUUCUCCUACGGGUCUCCGUCAUGCUUCUCCUCCGGCAGGCCUGGGCUCCGAUUGCCGCCGCUGUCUCCUUCCUGCUCCUCCUGCUCAUCCACAACCACCUGCUAAGAGAAGGAGGUCAGCUGGUGGCAGGAACCUGUGAGAUUGUAACUCUGGACCGAGACAGUAGCCAGCCCAAGAGGACUAUCGCUCGUCAGACAGCCCGUUGUGCCUGCAGAAAAGGACAGAUCGCUGGAACGACACGAACCAAACCAGCCUGCGUUGAUGUUCACAUCAUCAGCAGUCGACAGUGGUGCGGGAUGACUCCAUGUUUGGAUGAUGAGAGUUGUAACCUCCUGGUCAAUCAGUCAGGCUGGACCUGUACACAACCAGGAGGCCGAGUAAAGACUACUACGGUUUCUUGACAGUGGCAAAGAAGACAACAAAGAAUGAUUCCUGCUGUUGAUUGACUGCCCUUCCCAUGAAAAGAAACAGGUGCCAGUUCAGGUUAAUUCCUACAGUCCAAUCAUGAGCCACCAUCAGAGCCAAGGAGCAACGUUGCAGGACUUCAUGCUGGGGGGAAAAGACUUUGUUUGAUUUUCCCCUAGAUCUGACUAACAAAUGACAAAGUCCCAUCAAUGGAUUUUUUCUUCUUUCUUACAAUAAACAGAAGCAACAUUGAAAAAAUUAGAGACUUGCAGCUCCUCCUGGAUGAGCAGGUAGCGACAGUGGACAGUCACUGGCGUUGACUUUGCAGCAAUCCCUCAUACUGAGCAUGCAUGUAGCGACAGUGGAAAGGAAAAACUCCCAUUUAACAGGAAGAA